GCAGUAGCACGGUGACUAAGGGAUUCGAAAUAUUUGGGUGCAUCUCAAAUUUGGGUUUCGAGUUCGAGAUUCAUUUUUUCCCUCACUGAAAAAACCAAAAUGAAGAAUGUGGACUUAAUUGACUUUAUGAUAAAACUGAAGGCUUUAUUUAUUAUUGUAUUUCUAGCCUCUCGAUCAUGUACAACAGGUUUUUAACCGUUUAAAAGGAUCGCGCGCCAAAAAAAUCUUGAGACUUGUGAAACUAGAGCAAUGCGCGAGAGAUGCCAAUGGAGGCAGCUUCACAGCAGCUGCAGAAGGACACAGAAGAUCCAACAAUCAGUUAAAGGCACAAACCGAACUCCUUACCCAUCAAAGAAAGAAUUAACCCAAAAAUUCAAACAAUCUAAGAACGAAUCAGAAAAAACCACCGACUCAGACAUAGUGAACUGGAACAUGGCAAUCACCACCCACAUGCGCAAUGGCCAAUGUCACUCUGCCCUUCAAGUGUUUAACACUAUGCCCCGUCGGAGCACAGUUACGUAUAAUGCAAUGAUUUCUGGGUACCUGUCGAAUGGCAGAUUUGAUCUUGCAAGAGAAAUGUUCGAUAAAAUGCCUGAAAGAGAUUUGUUUACUUGGAAUGUGAUGCUUAGUGGGUAUGUUAGGAAUAAGAAUCUUACUGAUGCUCGUGGAUUGUUUGAGAGAAUGCCUAGAAGGGAUGUUGUUUCUUGGAAUGCAAUGCUAUCUGGGUAUGCGCAGAAUGGGUUUAUUGCUGAGGCAAGAGAGAUUUUUGAUGAAAUGCCGGUUAAGAAUUCCAUUUCGUGGAACGGUUUGCUUGCAGCAUAUGUACAAAACGGGAGAAUAGAGGAUGCAAGGAGGUUGUUUGAAUCGAAGAUGGAUUGGGACGUUGUUUCUUGGAAUUGUUUGAUGGGUGGGUUUGUGAAGAAGAAGAGGUUAGUGGAUGCGAGGAGGGUUUUCGAUAGGAUCCCUGUGAGAGAUGAGGUUUCAUGGAAUACUAUGAUUACAGGUUAUGCACAGAAUGGAGAGUUAGAGGAGGCAAGGAAAUUGUUUGAGGAGUCUCCAACUCAGGAUGUAUUUACAUGGACAGCGAUGGUGUCUGGAUAUGUGCAGAAUGGGAUGGUGGAUGAAGCUAGAAGUAUUUUUGAUAAGAUGCCUGAAAAGAAUUCAGUGUCAUGGAAUGCAAUGAUUGCUGGUUAUGUACAAUGUAAGAGGAUGGACAUGGCAAAAGAGUUAUUUGAGGCAAUGCCUUUUAGAAAUAUUAGUUCAUGGAAUACAAUGAUAACAGGAUAUGCUCAGAGUGGAAAUGUUCCCCAUGCCAGGAAUUUAUUUGACAGGAUGCCUCAGCGUGACUCAAUCUCUUGGUCGGCCAUGAUUGCUGGCUAUGUGCAAAAUGGUUGUAAUGAAGAGGCUGUACAUCUUUAUGUGGAAAUGAAAAGAGAUGGGGAAAGUUUGAAUAGGUCCUCAUUUACCUCUGUUCUAACUGCAUGUGCCGAUAUUGCAGCUCUGGAUUUGGGUAAGCAAUUUCAUGGAUGGCUGGUUAAGGUUGGAUACCAGACUGGAUGUUAUGUGGGGAAUGCUCUUCUUGCAAUGUAUUGCAAGUGCGGGAGCAUAGAUGAAGCAGAUGAUGCAUUUCACGAAAUAACAGAUAAGGAUUUAAUCUCAUGGAAUACCAUGAUCUAUGGUUAUGCAAGGCAUGGAUUUGGUAAAGAGGCUCUGAUAGUUUUUGAGUCAAUGAAGACAGUGGGUGUUAAGCCUGAUGAAGCCACUAUGGUUAGUGUUCUGUCUGCUUGUGGUCAUAGUGGCUUAGUUGAGAAGGGAACUGAAUACUUUUACUCAAUGAGUCAAGAAUAUGGUAUAAUAGCAAACUCAGUUCAUUAUACUUGCAUGGUUGAUCUUCUUGGUCGGGCUGGACGCUUGGAAGAGGCUCAGAAUUUAAUCAGAAACAUGCCUUUUGAACCAGAUGCUGCAACUUGGGGUGCUUUACUUGGUGCAAGCAGGAUUCAUGGCAAUACUGAAUUAGGUGAAAAGGCUGCUGAGAUCAUUUUCAAGAUGGAGCCUGAUAACACAGGGAUGUAUGUUCUUCUCUCAAACUUAUAUGCAGCUUCAGGAAGAUGGCUUGAUGUUAGUAAGAUGAGAUUGAAAAUGAGGAAUGAAGGUGUGAAGAAGGUACCUGGGUAUAGUUGGCUUGAAGUGCAAAACAAAAUUCAUACAUUUACAGUUGGGGAUUGCUUACACCCAGAGAGGGAUAAAAUAUAUGCAUUUCUAGAAGAGAUGUAUUUGAAAAUGAAGCAUGAGGGGUAUUUAUCCUCUACAAAAAUGGUUUUACAUGAUGUAGAAGAGGAGGAAAAAGAGCACAUGCUCAAGUACCACAGCGAGAAAUUGGCUGUUGCAUAUGGCAUUCUGUCCGUACCAGCUGGGAGACCUAUUCGUGUGAUUAAAAACUUGCGUGUAUGUGAAGACUGUCACAGUGCCAUUAAAUACAUCUCCAAGAUUGUGGGAAGGUUGAUUAUUUUAAGAGAUAAUAAUCGCUUUCACCACUUCAAAGGUGGUUUGUGUUCUUGUGGGGAUUAUUGGUGAAACUGUAAACCGAAGGACCACGGAUGCAUUUGGAUAUACUGCCCAUACCUAUCAACUGUUGCCAGUUUCUCUAUUUAACCUGUUAAGUGUAGUCAACUCUUACAGCAAAAGAAUAGAAGCUUGAAUUACUGCUUCCUGUCAUGUAAGUCCAUAAAUCUAAUCCUGGAAGAAGUGAGAUCAAAUUCUGUUUCUUCUGCAGAGAUGCAAUUAGAUUCGGUCAUUGGAAAUGACUCAUCUAUUAAGUCAUUGCGUUGCUGAUAUUAUAUUAGAAGCUCGCUUAUUAACGGAUUAUGUUGGAGAAAGGGAAGACACCUUGCAUCUUGGCAGGUUGGAAAAAGGGAAGACACCUUGCAUCUUGGCAGGUUGGAAAAAGGGAAGAUACCUUCCAUGUGGAAUUCGUGAAACAUUGGAAAAAUGGAAGACAAAUAAAACAAAUGUAGAAGACAAGAGCCAAACAACUUGUCUUCCAACAAGUCGUACCCUGUUAUAAGGUUGGGAAUUUGGUUCUUAUGUGUCUUUUUCUGAUCAAGGAAAUGGAUUCUCAGCUGCAUCAUCCAAAUUCGAUCCUCUGUGAACAAGUUUAUUUUCUCAGGAAAUUUUCUGUUUUCUUAGUAAGUGAUCCUUCUUUUUUGUAUUAUUACUUUUCUCUUUUACUUUCCCUUGCCAAAGUUACCUUCAAUAAGAUUCAACUCCAAAAUAAUUAAAGAUACAAAAUUCUAAAAUUUCUCAAUAAAUAUCAGUUCAUAAAAUCGAAAAUAUAAACUAAAUUCUACUGAAAGGUGAUAAAGUAAAUUUUGCCAAGGUACCAUGGAGAAUCCCAAACCUCUAAUGGAGUUCACUUCGUUCAUUUCUGCGGCAUCGGCUACCACCUACCAACACAAAAAUCAUAGGAUGCCUCUUAUUUUGCCGAGGCGCCUGUUAAGGCUACCUGUUCUAUAUAAAAUUUCACAAUAGUAAUUAUCAUGACUAUCAUUCGGUUUUCAAAAAUCUAGAAUCGUCUCGAGAGCUCUGAAGACUCGGAAUGAACCUCAGUGAUAAAAACUGAAAGUACUAACAUAUUAUAUAACAAUCCAUUAAGCAGUGGUAAUUGUAGCAUAAGUUAGUGCAUGACUGAGUUUAAGAAAAAUUUUCACAGAGAUAUUGUUUUUACAUUGAAUAUGUACAUGAGGCAUAAAGAAGUUACAUCAGCUUCAACACUCCGGUUGAUCCACAGAACAUGGUGGCAUUUCACUAAAGCAACCUCCAGGCCUGCAUCAUCAAGAAUGCCAAGAAAAUGACUAUCGAAACUUAGAUAGAAGCAGGGAACAGAAAAGUCAUUGCAAUAUUUGAACUAUACUAGAAGAACUUGAAAAAAAUCCAUCAUCAAAGAAAAAAGAAAUUAUCCCCUGAAAUAUCAGAAACAGAACAAGGGGUAGGGAGCAUGAGUUACUUAAGAACAAUAAUCCUUUUGGAUAUUUCCCUUUAUGUUUUAGGCUUCAAAAUAGAACCCUGUGCUAUGAAAAAUGAAUAUGGUUUUGAUUUGUCAAUAUAUAUAUCAAACGUUUCAACAACCAAUGCCAAUUAGGAGCUGCAACAGAAGUUCCUCAACUAAGAGAAACCACAGAACCUGAAUGAACAUCUGUUGAAAUCAUCUAUUCACUUUAUCCACAAAAUACACUCUCAUUCCACACUAGAAUGUAUUUUCUACAAAUUAUGAUUUUCCUACAGUGUGAAUAUAACAAUAUGAUAGUAUUUUGAUAACUAUAUGAAUUUUGCUUCACAUUGUAAAAGGAUUUUUAUUUUAUUUUUUAUUUUUUUUGCUUUCAACAAUAAGUAACACGUUUUUUGUUUAAUAUUUCUUUUGCUUCCAAAAUAGCAACAUACAAAAUCCAAAACUCAGUAAAAGCAAGCUAAUAAAAUGGUGGUAGCUGAGGUUAUAUGAGAAAAAAAACAUAACAUGCAUAUAAGGAUCUGACUCAGGUACAAACAAGGAAGAUAACAAAAAUGCUGCCAUUUAUGACAGUUUUCACAGUUCAAAGAUAUCAUUGAAAUACCUGUAAAUAAAAAGUUUACUGACAAACUCAUUGCCCUUGACUUUGCAUAUUCUUUCCUCCUACCUCAGCCUUCUCAAGUUCUCGAUUUUUCUCCUGAGCAGUAGAUGGCUAUCCAUGGUAAAGAAAGUUGGUAUUAGUUUUUGAUAGAAAACAGAGACACAGCUGCUUUAAUUCUUUUCCUGUAAGCUGAACUGCCUAAUCAAUCAGGUCAUUUUCACACAUUUAUGCAAAAGAUACUUUUCUUGCACCAGAUUCUGUGGUGGUCUCAAAAAACACUUCGAGAGAUGAGUACUUACCCUAGCAAUUAUUAGCUGCUCAGCAGACUCCACUAAACAACCAGGCAUUGAAAAAUUAUUAGUUUGAGUACAGGGUUACGGAUGUCUGAUGAAAUCGAGCCUUACCAAGAAGUGUUUUGAUUACAGCCAUUGCUGCCAGCUGCUCUGCCUCUUUCUUGCUUGCACAUACCUCACCAGUGUAAGUUUUACCAUCGAAAAGCAAUGAAGAGAUAAAAACUGGUCGCAACUCUUCUUUUUGGAUGGUUGUAUACUUCGGUGUUCUGAGGUUCAUCCUGACAGCAUAUUCAUGCAGAACAGAUUUGCAAAUUUUUGGAUCCUGAAUGGAUAUAAUGUAAAAAUGAUUUGCAUGAUUCUAUCAGCAAUACUAUAGUGAAUGGAUUCUGCAGUA